AUUAUACUCGCCAAAAGCUUUAGUUAACAAAACGAUAAGAUUAUGCAAGUAAGUAAAGUGUGAAAACAUUUGCGUUGGAGUAUAUAAAGGGAGAAACAUUCCGAAUAUUUUGUUAUUGUAUUCGGUUUCGUCAUCAGGAAAUAGAAAAGAGUAACUUCUUAUAAUUUGAUUGAAUGUCGAUCAUGUGUUUAUAUUGUCGACUGUUAGUUGCUUUCGCAUGGACGCUUGUCACCAUCACGUCAAUGGAAGCAGUCCCUCAUGGAGGGAAUCACACACAUGAUGAAGCCGGUGAAGGCAAUGAAUGGUUAAAUAUGUUUCUGAAUUAUGAAACAGGACUAAGAACUGCGCAAUGGACCGAAAAGAUGAAUGUAAAUCCUGACGAAUUGGGUGACUACUUCGAAGGAGAUAUCAUGGCUACAAAUGACAUUAAAAGAAACGUACUGAGUGAUGAUUGCGAGUAUGCUAAUUGGCAUUGGUGGUCUGAUGGCGUUAUUCCUAUCGUAGUCGAUGGUGAUUUCGAUGAAAAAGGACACGAACAUAUACAACAAGCAAUAAAUGAAUUUAAAAAGCGUACAUGUAUAGAAUUUAAAGAUAGAACUGACGAAGAUAACUAUGUCAAAAUCAGUAGCGAUUAUUCUGGAUGCUGGAGCGAGAUUGGCAGAAAAGGCGGUGAACAAAAAAUGAAUUUGCAGAUUCCUGAAUGUUUAGGAAAAGGUGUUAUCAUACAUCAGCUUAUGCACGCUGCUGGCUUUUCUCACGAGCACACUAGAUCAGACCGAGAUAAUUAUGUAGAAAUCAAUUGGGAAAAUAUUCAAGAAGGUGCCAAAAGGAACUUCAAAAAAACUGAGCUAAACUGUAGUGAUUUUGACAUUCCUUAUGAUUAUGACAGCAUAAUGCAUUCUUCAGCAUACGCGGGCGCCGUACAUGAUCACGUAAAAACUAUUAUCCCCUUAAAAGAUCCAAAUGUAAAAAUCGGCCAGAGAGAGCGUCUCAGCGACUUGGACGUUAUGAAGAUAAAUGUAAUGUAUAAUUGCUCAUCGAUGUCAUACAAUCAAGUUAUGUAGAAAUUAUCCUGGAAUUGUAUCCUGCAUCAAAAUAAUUCUCAUUAAUUUUGCGAUGCUGAUAAUCCAUAAAUAAAAAAUUA